AUGGUUCAAUCAAACGGUGCCGAAUUGACCGAACAUGAGGCAGAACUGUACGAUCGUCAGAUUCGCUUGUGGGGCUUGGAUUCUCAGAAGCGUCUCCGCUCGGCCCGCAUUCUUAUUGCUGGCCUAAAUGGCCUGGGUGCGGAAAUAGCCAAAAACAUCAUUUUGGCCGGAGUGAAAUCUGUGACACUGCUGGACGACCGGAAGGUUACACAAGAAGACUACUGCUCCCAAUUUCUGGUUCCGCAAUCGUCCCUUGGAAGCAACCGGGCCGAAGCGUCACUUACCCGUGCCCAGAUUUUGAAUCCGAUGGUUGAACUGAAAGCCGACGCCGAAGCGCUCGAUACGAAAGAGGACGCAUAUUUUAAAGAGUUUGAUGUGGUUUGUCUGAUCGGUGCGUCUACUGCACAACAUGUACGCGUGGACACCAUAUGCCGGGAGGCAAAUGUGAAAUUUUUCGCCGCGGACGUUUGGGGCAUGUAUGGAUUCUGUUUUUCCGAUUUACAAACGCAUGAGUUUGUGGAGGAUGUCGUAAAGUAUGUGGUGGUAUCGAAACCACACGAAAAAUUUAAACGUGAAACCAUCGCCACUGCGGUUAAGCGUACGCUGGAAUUUCCACCUUAUCAGUGUCUGCUGGACUUCAAUUUUCGGGAUGCAUCAUACGCACGGUGUCUCAAGAGAAAUGGACCAGCUCUUCCCGUACAACGAGUGUUGCAAAAAUUUCGUGACCAAGAACAGCGCGAUCCAGCCUAUGCCAAGCGGGAGGAGGAUGUGAAGAAACUUCUACAACUGCGCGAUACGCUCGCCCCGGAGAUAAUUUCGGAUCCAUCUUUUGACCAUGUGUUUGCCCAGAUCUCCCCCGUGGCCGCCAUAGUGGGAGGCGUUGUGGCACAUGAAAUCAUCAAGGUCGUCUCGCAGAAGGAAAGACCACAUCGCAACGUGUUUCUGUUCAAUCCUGACACAUGCUGCGGAUUCGUAGAUACUAUCGGUACGGAGAAGUAA